GAUCAGCUGACUAGUUUGUUUUGCUCCUUAAGGAGAAAGACAGUAAAAAAAGCAAGAAAGCGAAACAUAUUGUUCCAGACACUUAUUUUUGUAAAGAUCACCGGCUGUAGAAAAUAGUACGUUAUCAGACUACGUAUUAUCAGACAAUUGGUCUUCCAAUCUAAGCAUAGUGAGUUUCGAAUAGAGGCGAUUCCACCGAGAAGUAUGCCUUCAGAAAAGACGUUCAAACAAAGGAGGACAUUUGAGCAGCGCGUGGAUGAUGUCAGACUAAUCCGAGAACAGCACCCCAACAAGAUUCCUGUCAUCAUCGAGAGAUACAAGGGUGAGAAGCAGCUGCCAGUGCUGGACAAAACAAAGUUCCUGGUGCCUGACCACGUCAACAUGAGUGAGCUGAUCAAAAUCAUCAGGAGGCGUCUGCAGCUUAACUCCAGCCAGGCUUUCUUUCUGCUGGUGAACGGUCACAGCAUGGUGUCGGUGUCUGCGGACAUAUCCGAGGUGUAUGAGCGUGAGAAGGAUGAAGACGGCUUCCUCUACAUGGUGUACGCCUCACAGGAAACAUUUGGGCGAGACGCCAUGGCGGUGUAAAGCCCUAUGCACCCAAAGCCGAUCCCUGUUCC